AGGUGAUUUUUUUUAAGACAGCCUCUGGACUUGUUUUCCUCAUAUAUACGGUAGAAGCUCUAACAACUUUGUUCCAUUUGUCUUCUGAAACAAACAUGAAGUCGUUUCGGUUGUCUGUGCGGACGGCUGCGUUUUUCCUCACAUUUUUCUCUCAGAGUGUGAGCGGGAAGGACUGUGUGUGUGAGCUGAAGAACUUGCAGCGUCCUUUUCCCAUGGAGAAACUCAACAACAUCCAAACUGCAGCUAACGAAUGCACGAAGACCAUCACUCCCAACGAGGUAAUGGAGGCUGAUGUACUGAUGCUGGGAUUGCAGCGGCGGCUGCAGCAGCUGGAGGAGAGCAUGUCUGUGUUGGAGAAUGAGGAUGACGGUGAUCUGUACGGAGCCGUGUCACUGCGUAUCAUCGAGCUCGAGCUUUCUGAGAUCCAGGAGCUCCUAAAUAAACUGCAGAACACCAUCAAGUCCCACAAGAGGCUCAGUGAGAGCACAUUAAAAAAGAUGCAAAACGUGGCAGAGACCAUGCAGGAGCUGGAGUCCUUCGAUGUUUCACAGGUGAUUAGCAGACAGCGAGAAAAUCAGCGCAUGAAGAGAGACUUGGCUGAAUGUCAGCAUGAGCUUAAUGCCACCAUGCAGCCUCCCACUGUUCACUCUAGACGCUGUCCACAAGGCCAACUGGUCAAUGUGAACGGGCCUAGAACUUACUCCCUCACCCAGUAUGGGACCUCGUACUAUUAUGGCGCUUGGGGAAAAGACCCGAAACCUGCUCCAGGAAAGGAGGCCAUGUACUGGCUGGUGGCUCUGACCAGCAGCAACGCUUUUGCCAACUAUGUGCGGCAUUACAGCAGUUUAAGCACUAUACUGGUAGGUGUGGGUCCUGUGGACAGUGUUAUUUCUUCUUCAAACCCCACCACAAACACCAUCAUCGGCCCUAACGUGGUGCAGUACGGAGACGCGCUAUACUACGGCUGCUAUAACACACCUUCCGUGUGUCGCUUUAACAUCUCCUCCAAGUCCGUCACCAACACACCACUUCCACAAAACUCCGGCUUCAAUAACAAGUUUCCUUUCGGACACUUGGACGCCACGUACAUCUACACAGACUUGGAUUUCGCCACCGACGAAUCUGGCGUCUGGGUCGUCUACACAGCACCGGAAAAUUUUGGCAAUGUGAUCCUUAGCGAGGUGAUAGAAGGAAGUCCACCGUCUUUGGGCCGGACGUGGCGGACAUCGCUGCACAAGCGUACUGCCACUAACACGUUCAUGGCAUGUGGAGUGCUUUACGCCACACGCUUCCUGGACAAACAGACGGAGGAAAUUUUCUACUCAUUUGACACAGAGACAAAGGAGGAGCGUUAUGACCUGAAGAUCCACCUCAAGAAAAUGCAGACCAACAUCCAAUCACUGAAUUACAACCCACGAGACCGAAUGCUGUACGCCUACAGUGACGCAUACAUCGUCUCGUACGAUGCUGUCUUUCAGUAAAUACAUAGUCAUGUAACAGUGACGCAGAUUCUUUUUCUGCUGUUAGAAUUUUUUUUUUAAUGCUUAUUUUUCUUUUUUUUUUAUCUCUAGCACCUCUUAACCAAUAAAACAUUACUUUUUGUUAAUGGC